CCGCAAAGCUUUUCACCAACAACUUAAAGGUGCUUGUGAUGGACUAUGUGCUAUUAGCGGAAGCUAUGCUGCUCGAAUGAAAUGGAAACGAAUAAACAAUCAGAUAAAAUCGUACGGCUAAAUCGUCGUCAGUUAAAGAGGCACACUCAAAAACCGUCAAAAGUAAACGCGCAUCCAUGGAUCUUAGCGGCAUUUAAACAAAGCCGGAAGUAAACGACGGAUGACUGUUUCUCUUCCCCGUUUCAGUGUCUGUCUUCGAGCGGUUGGUUUUUCAGGAGGGAAACUUUGCAAGGUUUAACGGGAUUUGAGCACGAUUCAUUUAUUUCGCCUAAUUACCAGAGCCAGCGCAGUCACACUGAAAGGAGUACACAAAUCAUGUCAGGCAUUGCAUUGAGCCGGCUUGCCCAGGAGCGCAAGGCAUGGCGGAAGGACCAUCCUUUUGGAUUUGUUGCUGUACCAACAAAAAAUCCAGAUGGAACGAUGAAUCUUAUGAACUGGGAAUGUGCUAUUCCUGGCAAGAAAGGGACUCCAUGGGAAGGAGGCCUGUUCAAACUGCGCAUGUUGUUCAAGGAUGACUACCCUUCUUCACCUCCAAAAUGUAAAUUUGAGCCUCCACUCUUUCACCCAAAUGUGUAUCCAUCAGGCACAGUAUGCCUAUCUAUUCUAGAGGAGGACAAGGACUGGAGACCGGCCAUUACAAUAAAGCAGAUCUUAUUAGGUAUCCAGGAACUCCUAAAUGAACCAAAUAUCCAGGAUCCAGCCCAAGCAGAGGCUUACACAAUCUACUGCCAAAACAGAGUAGAAUAUGAAAAAAGAGUUCGAGCACAAGCCAAAAAAUUCUCCCCCUCGUAAGGGCGAAGACUUGCUCCGCUGUGGCAGAAGGAAUGGGUUUAACAAGAAUCACCUCCCCGCUCAGUCUCUCAAUGAAUGUGCGCCUCUCACAUCAGGACUUGCUUAAAGACUUCUAUUUAAACUCCACACAUUCUGUGCCAUCCGACCUAUCAUUUUGUGUUCUUAUUUGCCAGUUGGCGCAUAAUGCUGGGAGGGGAUGGGUGCUUCAGCACCCUGGUUAUUUCUUUUAAACAUUAAUUGUCUUAUGUGGUGCAAGGGACACCGCUCGCUACCAGUUUCAUCAUCUCCAUGCAAGCUGGCUGUCAUCAAUGUUCAAGGAAGAAAAUGUCUUUUUGUUUUAUAUUGCUCUUUCACAGGUUAUAUUCCUUUAUUGUUUCCUCCCUUUAUUUUCCAUAAAUGUAAUGUAAAAUUAGCUUAUUUCAUUGUCAGUAUUUCAACUGCUGUAUAAUGAAUGGCACUUUUAUACUGUUCUAUCUCACUAGUGUCUCUAGAUGGCUCUGUCUAAUUCUCUUUCCCAAGUUUUCUAUUCAGCAUGCUGUAAUAUAUGAUAGAAUCUUCUGCCUUGGCUGUCUUUUUGUUAUUCAGAGUGUUUGCUAUGAAAUAAAUAAAAAAUAGCCAUGAUGACUAAGGCAGGUAGGCUUACUUCUGUAUCAGACUUUAAGGUUAUAUGGUGCUUUGUUCAUGUUUGUGUUGGCGUAAAUAAAACUUUCUACAAAAUGUUA